AAGAAAAAAGAAACAAGAACACGUCAUCAUCAUCAUCAAUGGAGAAGACGAAGAAGAAGAAGAAUGCUUACUCAGCAGCUCUAAUGGAGGAACUGACAGCUGUCUGCGACACCUUCUUACCCUCCAUACAUCUCUCCGAUCACCACCGCCACCACCAAUUCUACCAAACAUCAGCUUCCAUGACACAAACACCUCACCAUCUGGCUGAGUUGCUGGGAGAGAAAAUAAAGCACCCGAAGAUAUAUCUAAGCAGAUUGGCGCUGUUCUCGCUGUCGACGAGGUUAGGAACAUUCAUACUAUGUGGGAGAAAAAGCUUGUCGGAGAAAUUCCCAUACUUGCAGAGAUUCUCUAGGGUUUUGCCUCACAAGAGGGAGCAGAUUCUGCUCUCUUGGUCUGAAAGCUGUUUCUCUCUCCUCCGAAUCCUCUACGCCGGUCUCAAGAUCUUCACCCUCCUCGUCUUCUUCACUCUGGUGAAUGAUAAAGAUGAGAAUGUCUCGUGGAAAGCAAUAGGCUACACCAGGCCCGAUCAUAAAGCCCGAAAGCCCGUGGUACAUAAUACACCGCACGAGAAAGCUCGAGAAAAAGGAGAAGAGUGCAUAAGCGAGAAGGAGAGAUUUGGACCCCUAUACAACGGCAUCGUCAAUUUGAACCAAUCGAGGGAAAUAGCACUCUGCAAACUCGAGAAAUCGGGAUUUCCGGUUUCUAUACCACAUUCGAACGGGGCGAAGAUCAAGUCUUCGGAUCCUUCCUUCAUUGUCAAAUGUGACGUGGUGGUGGUUGGUUCGGGCUCCGGUGGCGGAGUCGUCGCCGGAGUUCUGGCGGAAGCCGGAUACAAGGUGCUGGUGCUCGAAAAGGGGUGCUAUAUAGCAAGAAGCAACCUCUCGCUUCUAGAAGGUCAAACAAUCGAUCAAAUGUAUCUCGGGAAUGGGGUACUAGGGACCGAUAAUAUGGACGUUUUGCUCCUCGCGGGAUCGACUGUCGGCGGAGGGUCCACAAUCAAUUGGUCUGCCUCGAUUCGGACCCCGCCGCACGUCAGAAAAGAUUGGAGCGAAAACCACAAACUAGAGAUGUUCGAUGGUGAAAUUUACGAAAACGCCCUCGACGUUGUCUGCGAGAAGAUGGGGGUACAAUCGGAAUUCAAGCAGGAAGGGUUCAACAGCACGAUUUUGAGAAAGGGGUGCGAGAAAUUAGGGUACCCCGUCGAGAGCAUCCCCCGUAACGCAGGCCCCGAUCACCACUGUGGUUGGUGCAACCUCGGGUGUAGAGACGGGAAAAAGAAGGGCGUUUCGGAAACCUGGCUCGUGGAUUUGGUCGAAUCGGGAAACGGGGCUAUACUCACCGAAUGUGAAGCCCUAAAAGUGAUCGUGGACCAAAAAGACCGGAAAAAAAGGGCAUGUGGGGUUUCUUUUAUGUUCGGGAGUGAUGAGGUGAAAGAAAUCGCAGUUAUCGAGUCUAAAAUAACGGUCGUUGCAUGCGGUGCGAUUUGCACUCCCCCGCUACUAAAAAGAAGUGGACUAAAGAAUCGAAAUAUCGGGAGAAACUUGCAUCUCCACCCCGUGGUGAACGCGUGGGGGUACUUUCCCGAUUCGCCCUCGUCUAGUAACUGUAACUACGUGUGGCCCGAGGCGGAGAAGAGAAGCUACGAAGGAGCCAUAAUGACUGCAAUGUCGAAGGUCGUAGAAGAACAUUCCGGAUACAGCGCCGCCAUCAUCCAGACGCCGGCACUGCAUCCCGGAAUGUUCUCGGCCCUGAUGCCUUGGCUUUCGGGCCGAGACAUCAAGGACAGAAUGGUCAAAUACUCGAGGACCGCUCACUUAUUCGCAUUGGUGAGAGAUCGAGGUUCGGGAUUCGUUGCUUCGCCGGAUCACGUAGGCUACAAAAUGGACGGUGCGGAUCGAGAGAAUCUGAGAAAAGGGAUCGAGAGGGUUCUGAGGGUACUGGCGGCGGCGGGGGCGGAGGAAAUCGGGACCCACCAUAGAAACGGGCGGGUUCUGAAGGUGAAGGAGGCGGGCGAGGAGGAGUUGGAGAGGUUUGUGGUGGAGGAGAGUUCGAGGGUGUUGGAGGAGAAUCUGUCGUGGCCGAUAAGCUCGGCUCAUCAGAUGGGGAGUUGCCGGAUGGGGGUGGGGCCGAGGGGGUCGGCGGUGGGGCCCACGGGGGAGAGUUGGGAGGUCGGGGCCCUGUUCGUGGCGGAUGCGAGUGUCUUUCCGACGGCGUUGGGGGUGAAUCCGAUGGUGACUGUUCAGGCGAUUGCUUAUUGUGUUGCACAAUGUGUUGUUCAAAGUCUUGGUGGGAAAAAGUUGGUUUAAUUAGUUAUCUGAAGUAAUUAAGCUAUUAUAUUAUGAAGGGUGUUUAUGUCAUUUGGUGUACUUUUGCUAAAUAAUGAAAAAAAUAACUUUUCUCAAA